AUGCACAUCGUCCUAAGGGGAAAGAGCCGCGCUGGGCCGGCCAUGCCGCGCGGCUUCGCCGGCAGCCGUGGCUACUCCACGGCCCUGAACUCCCAGCGGCUGGCCGGGAAGGUGGCCGUGAUCACCGGUGGAGCCAGCGGCAUCGGCAAGGCCACGGCCGAGGAGUUCGUCAAAAACGGCGCCAAGGUCGUCCUCGCCGACAUCCAGGACGACCUUGGUCACGCCCUGGCGGCCAAGCUCGGCGCCGACUCGGCAUCCUACACCCGCUGCGACGUCACCGACGAGGCGCAGGUCGCCGCGGCCGUGGACCUCGCCGUGUCCCGCCACGGCAACCUGGACAUCAUGUUCAACAACGCCGGCAUCCUGGGCUCCCUGGCGCGGCCCCCGCUCGCCUCCCUCGACCUCGCCGACUUCGACGCCGUCAUGGCCAUGAUGCCGGCGCCGCCACCGCGCUCUCCGCGCCGCCCUUCUCCAUCGCCAACCCUCUGCGUCAUUACGUCGAACAGGUGGUGGGCGGCCGCGGUUGAGGGCGUCGCCGCACGCGGCACUGCACGCAGCCGUGUGCGCUCCUCCGUUGGUGCGGCGUAG